AUGAGGAUUUUGUCAUUUUCUGCCCUAGCAGCUCUCACUGCAGUCCUCCUCCAGCCGCACAGUGCCUGCGCCAUUUCAAAAAUCUCAGCAGUUGGCUCAAAGUUUUUCAAUGAAGAAGGAGACCAGUUCUUUGUCAAAGGCAUUGCCUAUCAGCUCACUCCUCAUGACCCUCUCAUCAACACCACGCAAUGCCGCCUUGAUGCCAAUUUGAUGAAAGAAGUAGGCGCCAAUGCCAUUCGAGUCUACCAUGUCGACCCUGACGGCGACCAUACUGGCUGUAUGAAAGCGUUUGCGGACGCGGGAAUCUACCUGUUUGUGGAUUUGGACGAUUUCCCAACCCAGAUUGAGCAGGGCAACCCGACCUGGAAUAAGACACAAUUGGACGCGUUCAAGCGGAAUCUGGAUGAGUUCCAAAAGUUUGAUAACACGGCUGCUGUAUUCGUCGGCAACGAAGUCUUGACCACGAAGAAUGGCUCACAUGCGGCUCCUUAUAUCCUCUCGGCAGCUCGAGACAUUAAGGCUUAUCGUGACUCGCAAAAUUACAGAAAGAUUCCAGUAGGUUAUUCCGCAGCAGAUAUCGCGGAGUUACGACCAAUGCUACAGAACUACCUUGUCUGCCGUUCAAAUGUCGCAGAGACCCUCGACUUCUUUGCACUUAACGCGUACGAAUGGUGCGGCGAUUCUUCCUUUACACGCUCGGGCUAUUCAAACCUCCAGGACCAGGCAGAAGGGUUCCCUGUGCCAAUUCUCUUCUCUGAAACUGGGUGUAACACGAACCGUCCAAGAGACUUUCAGGACUUGACUGCGAUCUACGGUUCUGAGAUGAACGGAACAUGGUCCGGCGCAAUCGUCUACGAAUGGAUUCAAGAACUUAACGACUACGGCUUGAUAACGUACGGCAAAGCUUCCAAAGAGGACGCGGAAAAGGAUGAAACCCGCACGGUCAUCAUGGAUGGUUAUUAUCGCCAGGGCAAACCAAGUCCGAUCACACCUGAUUUUACUAAUUUGAAAUCCCGCUGGGCCACAUUAACACCGACUGGUGUAGCUUUAUCCGACUAUUCGAAUCAAGCAUCCUCCGUUACUGCUCCGCGCUGUCCGGCGUCAACAUCCGGAUGGGAAGUUGAUCCUAGUGCUCCAUUGCCAACUCUUGGUCAAAUGGUUGCGACCACCACCACCGGCUCAAAAGCCACCCAAGCAGGAACUGGAGCGACGUCAGCAGCGUCGCACAAGAACAGCGCAAACCAAUUACUCCCGUCGCCGACCCCUGGGACCACGAUAUUCUCGUUCAUGGCGGGGGCUCUGAUUGGACUAGGCGGGAUAAUUGGUUGGUUGCUCUAA